AUGGAUUUGCAACCUUCAUCGAUCGAAGAGCACCCUAAGUCGCCACUUUGGGGAUCAUGCAGGUUGACGCUGAGUGUCUGUGCCUUUCUGGUCCUGGUCAACAUGAUUAUGACCAGAUACUCCUUGGCCCUAACUUUGAUCUGUAUGGUGAGAACACAGGAUGCCGAAACCAGUCUGGUAAUUCUAUCGGAUAAUAACAAAUGCCCGAAUUGCAGACAGGAAUAUAGAAAGUAUGACUUCGAUUGGCAGCCAAACGUUCAAGGGCGCCUGAACGCAGCAAUUUUCUACGGCUUCAUCACAACGCAACCAUUUGCAGGUUACUUUUGCGACAGAUUUGGCGGCAAGUUGCUCUUCGGUUUUACUAUUCCGGCAAUGUACGCCUUGUUUUCCAAGUGGACGCCUCCAAAAGAGAAGACGCUGCUUUUGGGUUUUGCCUACAGUGGUUUUCCAAUGGGUAACAUCAUUGUUUAUCCUUUGUCGAGUGCACUUUGUAGACUUGAUUUUGAUGGGGGUUGGCCCUUGGUUUUUUAUUGUAUAGGAAGCUUUGCCAUCAUAUUGGGCAUACUUUUGUACUUCCUUACUUUUGACGAUCCAAGUGAUCAUCCAAGAAUUUCAGAAGCUGAAAGGAAUUAUAUAAAGUCCUAUCAUAUGAAGAAGUUCUCAAAGAAACUGAAGACACCCUGGAUUUCGAUGCUAAAAUCAAUGCCAAUCUACGCCUACAAUGUUGCCCAUUUUGCCCAAUCCUGGAGUUUCAUCACAUUGGCCACCAGUAUUCCAAUGAUGCUAAAGGAUAUGCUGGGACUUGAUAUGAAAUCGAAUGGUUUUUUGUCAGCUCUGCCCUAUAUCUGCAGCUACAUCUCCAGAUUCACGAUUUCCGUCACUUUUAACCCCAUAAAACGACUGACCAGGUUGAGUUUGACGAAUAUGAGGAAGGUUAAUCAUGUUCUAGGCACCGCCAUCCCAGCCUUGAGCCUACUCUGUCUCGGCCUAAUAACCAGAGAAGACAAAUUCUGGGCAAUCCUGUUGAUAUCCUUAUGCACAACAUUCACCGACGUCGGCCUGACAGGCUCAUACCUGAUGAGCUACCUGGAACUGGCUCCACCUUUUGCCAGUUUCCUAACAGGAUUCUCUAAUACUGUCGGAUCUCUUCCUGGAUGCGUUUCUAACACAUUGACUGGAUACUUAACCACUAAUAAUUCUAGAAUUGCAGAAUUUCCCAAUUGCAGGCUUCCACAAUUGCAAACUUCCACAAUUGCAGAAUUCCAAAUUACAGAAUUUUAG